AUGAAUUCAGAGAAACUGUCUAUUUUCUGUGCAAAAUUCUUCAAUUUAGAGACUCCCCGUCCAAGGGAUGAAAGACGUCGUACAGCCGUUGUAACUUAUAAUCCCAGUUUAAAUCGGUCUGUAGAGUAUGAUGAGAAUGGUACCAUGUCUGACAUAGAUACAGCGUCUGCAGGGAAUUUCCAGAGAGGACAUCAACUACGAUCUAGCCUACCAAUUGUUCGAUCUUCAUCUAGUACAUUUGAACGACCUUUAGGUUUAGUAUUUUUAGUGUAUAAAGAUGAAACUAAAAAAGCUGCCUUGCCAAAUGAAAUCACCACUCUGGAUACUGUGCGGGCUCUCUUUGUUCGAUCAUUUCCCGACAAGGUUACCAUGCAGUUUAUGGAAUCUCCUAAAAAUAAAAUCUAUAUUGUUGAUCCACGCACCAAUAUAUACUACCAGUUAGAAGAUCUAAGGGACAUUAAAGACCGUACAGUUUUAAAAGUACACGAGUGUGAGAGUGACCAGCCACAAGUGGUCAAACAACGGCCAGAAGUACGUGGCAAAACCAUUGUUCCCCCAGUACAGUCUCGAAGCUUACCAGCAAAUAUGCCUGUGACUGAAAGUCCUCAUCAACAGUCUCUAGGAAAAUCGAAAAGUUUACCUUCUCAAAGUUCAGCAGCAUAUCAACAGAUGCUUAGUGAGAACCAAAGUAGUCGGAUGACAGAACGUCCACGGUCAACCACACCCACAAUGGAUGUACGUGGACAAGCAGGGAUCAUUCCUCGACAGGUGGCUAAUCGACGUUACUCUCCAGAACGACAAGUUACACCUGAUCGCCCCCCUCUGCUGGGAACUAUUCCUGAGAAUCGACAACUUCCUCAUGGUCGCACUACACAAAACGGAUAUACCAUCUCACCAGAAAUCAGUCCAAUUCCUGGCUACAACACUGGAUAUUGGCCCCUAGACCAUCCGUAUCAGCAUCCUGGAUUCCACCGAGGUUACCAAUAUCCUUCUGUGAACCCCGCUAAUCCAAUGUAUGCCCCUCCUCUGGCUGAGCAAGGAGUCAACUACAUGCACUACCCAGGCAGCUCUCUGGCUCAACUGCCACUCGCACAUCCACAGAACUAUAUGGUGAAAAGUACUCGAACACCAUCCACCAUGACACCUCAGCGGUCUACACCACUCCUGAAUCCUGUAGAUACGAGAGAUGGUAGCAAAGUCAUAUCUCCCAAUCGGCAUUCUCUCACUUUCGCACCGAUGACUCCUAUCCCAGGGGCUGUGCCAUUAGAAAGCACUCCAGUCAACCCAAUGCAAAGAACCCAAAGCUACCGAGUGACUACUGAGAGAGAGCCGAUACAUGAACAAGUACGAAGUUUGACGCCACAGCCUGGUCAGGAUUCUGAAACAAAGGUCCGAAUGGAAAGGAUGGAGGCUCAAUUGGCUAAUUUAACUGCUUGGGUUCAUAACACUGUGAUCCCAGCUCGGCAACAUGAUCCAAGCAGUAGGGCAAGCAGUAUGCACAGCAACAGUAGUACAGUUUCGGAUAGCACAUACACUGGCUCUGCAGCCAGCAGUUUGUCAGACAUCCCCAGUGCUGCCCAACAUGGUUAUCAAGGAAUGGUCCCGUCACAAAAGCCUCAGUCACCAAUGUACAAUAACAGCAGUAGCAGCAGCAAUCCAAACCAGCCACCAAUAUUUGGACCUAACACACGGACGCGUAUGAUUCUAAUUAAACGCAGACUCGAAGAAAUUAAAUCGGAUUUUAAAAACAUGCAACUUUUACAUCAGAAAAAUACCGAAGCUGGACAGGCAAUGUUUUUGGACUCGGCAAAAAAAAUUAUGAAUGUUCUUGACCGGGUGUCUUUCACGGUCAGUAUACAACCUGUUCGCAAGCAACGACAUGAUGUUGAUACGGACUACUCCAAUUUUAUUAGGGAAGAACAAAGGAUUGACAAUGAGCUUACAAAAUUAGAAAACUCUGUGGAAGAAGUCCGGACAGACGUGAUCUCAAAACAUUGCCGUGUAAAUUCAACAGAUGUGGAGAAAAUGGCCCUAACUUUAAGUCAGCUCUCAAAAUGUAUUGCUGAACAGAAAAGUCGAUUUCCAACUUUAACAGAAAAAAUGAAAUCAAUUAUGUCAGCUGAAAUGGAGAUUGUGAUCCAAGAAGAGAAAUUUCUAAAAGAUCAACCAGAAAGGCUGGACACUGCAUUGAGACGCUGCAAGAAGCUAACUGGCACACUAUUCACAUUAAAAAGGUUAGCUUUAGUCCAGGAACGCAAUCCAUCCUCGACUCCAACCAAAACAACUCAAAAGGUCCUAACAACAGCUUUGCAUCAGUCGCCGUCACCACCAUGGCCAAGCCAGCGCCAGGAGGCAGUAGCCAACAGUGACCAGUCAAAAUUGGAGCAAGCAAGUACCGGUCAGCUUGCUCCUGGCCCAGGUCAGCACACUCAAGCCACCCACAACUUGCUGCCAGCCAAUGGGAUUCCCCCUCACGGUGACAGCAGCUAUAGCAAUGCUGGUGGCGACGGCGAUGAGACAUCCCUCUCCAACUGUAUCAGUGACAAGAUUACAAAGGAACCUGGAGAAAGUAGAAUGACUCAAUUGCCAAAUAGUAAAGAAGGGCAGUCAGUCGAAGUAGGAGAAGUGAAAAAGAAAGCCUUUCCUUUACACAAUGUAAACUCACUCUCCUUUCCUUCUAACCCCAAUAUCAGUGGGCACACCCAAAAUAUUGUUACCAAACCCAUAGCUAAGAAGGCAGACAUCACCAAACCUUUGCCGUCUAGCCACAACUUUGUCCUCUCAGCCAAAAAGGUGACUGGUUUGACUGAGAAACCUAAUGCUUCAGUAUUGUCUCCAGGUUACAAUAUUAUAAAUAACAACACACCAAACACUGCAAAUAACCCUGACAAUACUAAAGCAUCUUUACUUGCUUUGGCAAGCAAUAAAAACUUAGCAAGAGCUGAUUUCUUCAGCAACAUGUUGCCUUCUCAGGGUUACCAAGUGAUAAACAGCGCCCAGCCUUCUACCCCAGUCACCACACUGGACUAUACGGUCCGAAUUUCUCCCGUAAAGACUACUUUAUUCACAACUCCUACUUCUACUUCUGCCACUUUUACUAGGGGAAGUAACCGAAAACCAACCAUGUCGACAGCAGUUGCCGUGGCAGAGAUACGGCCCAAGCAACCUCCUCCAACACUAAAGAAGCCUUCUCAUCUGUGGAAAGCAGGCAACAAAAAGCAAUCUGCCAUCACAAAUUAUGCAGUGGGUGAACAUAUUAUACCCCAAACACCAACAGCAUUCUCACCAAUUCAUUCCUUGUCCAAUAGCUCAAAUAUCUCCAAAUUAAGUCUUUCAAAAUCCCCGCCAUCCUCACCCGUAUUACAGGAGACUGGAUCCAAGAAAGUGCUUAACAGUAACCCUAGCAUCUCUGCCAAAAAGGUUCCCCCUCCUCCACCGCCUCGCAAGAGCAGUAAACAUCCAGGAGUUACUGCUGAGUCCCCCACCGACAGUCCUGUUUCCAGUAAGGGGCAAAAAUCUCUUGGGAGCAAAGAAGCAAGCACAAUUAACAACUCUCCUCAAUUUGUACAAUAUACAAUCACCACACACCAAAGCAAACCAUCCAUGCUCCAUCUUCAGAGAAACUCUGCUCCUGUCUCUCCAACUUCUGUGUCCCCAAUAUCUGCCAUUGGUACAAAUCAAGACAAUUCACCUUCAAAAGAGAGCGCAGAUAGCACCGAGAGCUUCAGUUCGAGUGGCUCACAACAGAGUGUCAUUCACAAAGACAUGUCUGUCAGACAAAAUGGAAUCAACACUGGUAAAAAAGUCCGGCCUGACCCGCCCCAACGGACAACUAGCCAACUGACGAACUUUACACCAACGGCAUCAGUGCCACCAGUUGGUAAAAACUCUCCUACCAUAUUUAAUGGAGUCAAAAAUAUAUACAACCACCACCCCCUCCUUUUCUUUCUUUCUCUCUCUUCUAAGGGUUUGCAGAGCAUCGAGCUCAACUCCUUUUGUGGCAGCUGGCACAGGUUUCUUGCUAAUGCACUAACCAAGAAUGAUUUCUUUUGA